AUGGAUGUCAAAGAGGUUCAAGUCCGCUCAGUGGAGCUAACCGACGCUGUCGCCAAAGACAAGCCGAACUACCGUUCUCGGUCGCAAGUCACUCUCUGCGUGAUCAUCCUAUUUGUCACAUUGAAUGGCUGCAUGAACGGAUACGACGGCUCCGUGAUGAGCUCUAUCAAUGCUAUGGACCAGUUUCACGAACACUACGACGUUGGCAGAACUGGACCUACGAUUGGUCUCGUCAUGGCUAUCUACACUGCUGGUCAAAUUUGUGGAAGUAUCUUCUCCGCUGGAGUUAUUGACACUUUCGGUCGAAAAUACGGGAUGGCAGUUGGCUCGGCCUUUAUCAUUGUCGGCUCUAUCGUCCAGGCAACGAGCCAAACUCUUUCCGCGUUCAUAGGCGGCAGGUUUAUUGUCGGAUUCGGCGUCCCCAUGUGCACGAUUGCAGCACCGACUUAUAUCGUUGAGAUGGCGUACCCCACAUGGCGAGGUCUGGCCGGCGGUCUCUACAACGUCUUGGGCUGGUAUAUUGGCUCUUUGACUGCUACUUGGACGUGUUAUGGCACCGCAAACAUCCCCGGCGACAUGUCAUGGCGCGUGCCAUAUAUCGUCCAGGUCGUCCCGGCGGCGGUCAUGUCCGCUACGGUUUGGUUUAUCCCCGAGAGCCCUCGUUGGCUCUUCGCUAAGCAAAAAGACGAUGUCGCCAAGUCCGUACUUAUCAAAUACCACGGUAACGGCAAUCCAGAUUCUGCUGUCGUCAGACUUGAAUGUGAAGAAAUCAAGUUCUCCUUGGAGGUUGAGGCAGAGCUGACCCGUGGGAGAUGGUGGGAUUACAAGAUUCUCAUCAAAAGCCGCGCCAAUCGCUAUCGCAUGUGGAUUCUUGUUCUAAUUACGGUGUUCAGUCAAUUCACUGGCGGCGCUGUCAUAACCAUUCUGGAGACCGUCGGCAUCACAUCGUCCUCUCAGCAGCUCCUGAUGAAUGCGUUAAACACGGUGUUCUCGUUCUGCGGCGGCAUAGUCGGCGCAUUUUUCGUCGAUAAGGCCGGUCGCCGGCCCUUACUGCUUUGGGGAGUCUUUCUAUCCGGCCUCGUGUACAUCCCCAUCAACGUUUUGGCAGCUCUUUCCGGUGGUCACAUAGACACGGCAUCAGGAUACGCAUUCAUCGCGAUGAUAUUCCUUUAUGGAAUCGUCAUGUCAUUCACAUGGACACCGCUUCAGGCGCUGUAUCCAGCAGAGAUUCUCAACACCGACAUACGGGCUAAAGGAAUUGCAGCAGACAAGUUUGUUUCAGGUAUCGCGAGUUUUAUCAACCUGUACGCGACACCGAUUGCUCUCAAGGACAUUGGAUGGAAGACAUACACCAUCUUCCUGGUUCUUCAUUUCGUCCAUCUGGUGCUGAUGUACUUCGUUACCGUUGAAACCAAGGGAAGAUCUUUGGAAGAGCUUGAGGAAAUCUUCAACGAUCCGAAACCUGUUAAGCGGAGCAAACAGCUCAGCAGAGUUGUUGUCGGAGCUGGCGUUGGUGUCAAGGUUGCGGAUGCUUAA